GGAUCUCUGGAAGCCAAGGAGAUCCCCGACCCACCGAUUCCGCCUCUGGGACUGGGAGCAUCCACGUGCUCUGCUGGGCUCCCCCUGAUACUGUUGGCGAGGCCGCUGGUCCGGAUCGCUGGAAGCGAAGGAGAUCCCCGGUAGAAGUUGUUUGUGGACCAAACUAUCUCAUGCUUAAGGAAGCUAGCUGAUGUACCAAGAUUUGUCCAGGGCAAUAUAAGUCCGGUGGAGAUCCAUUAGCCCGUUUCAUAUCCUCGGUCUUGGAGAUCCAAGCAGCUGUUGGCAUCCUUUGCACCUGGAUUAGAGAAUAGAGAAAAAAUGGAGGGACAACACCCAUUAGAUGCAGAAGUUGGACAAAGCCCUCCUGCUGCUCAGUUUGGGAACUAUGUGGAGGUCAAGAUAAAAACUGAACAGAAGAAUCCAGAGGAAGAGUCUAUCAGCUCAGAGGUCCAGCGUCAAAACUUCAGGAAGGUGUAUUACCAGGAGGCUGAGGGUCCCCGAGGACUUUGCAGCCGACUCCAUCGCCUUUGCCAUCAGUGGUUGAAGCCAGAAAGACAUACAAAGGCACAGAUGCUGGACCUGGUUAUUCUGGAGCAGCUCCUGUUCCUUCUGCCUCCAGAGAUGCAGAGUUGGGUGCGGGAGUGUGGAGUAGAGACCAGCUCUCAGGCGGUGGCCCUGGCUGAAAGUUUCCUCCUGAGCCAGGCAGAGGAGAAGAAAGAAGAGGUCGAGCUGCAGGUCGAAAGUCCUCUCUCGGGGGCCAUUUCUCAACAUCUGAAUGGAAAGAGCAACCCCUUAAAUCUUCCCCAGGAACUGCUUAUUUGGAAGAUCCCCCAGGGAAGUCCAAGUUUGUUGAUCUUACCAGAGAAUAUCAUGAAGUCAUUGGUAUUCAUUGGGCUCUCUCCCUCUUCUGGUGAACCCAAAAAAGCAACUAAGCCUCCAGUUCAGGGUCUCGUCACCAUUGAAGAUGUCACUGUGUAUUUCUCUGAGGAGGAAUGGUCUCAACUGGAUCCGGAUCAAAAAGCCCUUCAUAAAGAAGUCAUGCUGGAGAACUCCAGAAAUGUGGCUUCUCUGGUUGCCCUUAACAGGAUGAAAAGGCGACAGAAUUUUUCAGCAAGAAUCAAUAAGAAACCAAGAUUGGAAUCAGUUGUAUCAGAAUUGGCCUUGGAUGGUAUAAAGCAGUCACAAGCACAACCACUUCAACCACUCCAACUUGGAGAAAACAGCUCGUCAGUUAUUGAGAUAAAUGAUAUCUCCAAAAUUGAAAACAGUCUUCCUGAAUGCUGGACAAUGCAACAAUAUAACUAUUUUAAAGAAAAACAUGAUGGACUGGAAAUUGCUAACAAAAAGUUAGGUUGCAAGUAUUGUGCAAAACAUGACUUCCUAAAAAUGAAAAGUGUUCAUGUGUCAAAAGAAUGGAAACAUUUUCAGAUUGAAGCAGCAGGGAGAAAUAAAGAUGUAAAGCAAGCUUCCCUAAGGAAAAAAAUGAAAGAACAUUUUUCAUCAAAAGCUCAUAAUAUUUGUAAAGAGAACAUAAAACAAGGUGAGGAGGCUUCAACAGCAAAAUAUAAGAUGAAUGAGAAAUAUAUACAAAUUACUUGUAGAGUAUUUAAUACAGUUUACAGCCUGGCACAAAGAUGUAAACCAUUUUCAGACACAGAAGAUGAAAUAGAAAUGCAAAUUAAAAAUGGAUUAGAUAUGGGAAUAGGAUUACAUUCACGUAAAACCGCAGUGAAAAUAGUUGAUUUCAUUGCCAGAGAAAUUAAAAAACAAUUAUUUACUAAAAUUAUUGAAAAUAAUCUGAAAAUAUGUUUGAUUAUUGACGAAGCCUCAACAGUAUCUUGCAAACCAGUUGUGAUACUUUUCUUAAAAGUUGAGGAUUCAGAUACAUCACCAACGAUUUUCCUUGAGCUAAUUGAAUUGGAAAAACAAGAUGCAGAGACAAUAUAUUCUUCAGUCAUGCAAAGUUUAAAUAAUGUUGGGCUUACUAAGAACUACCUAAAAAAAAAUUUGAUAGGAUUUUGCUCCGAUGGCACCAGCGUUAUGCUUGGGAGAAAAUCUGGAGUGAGCACUAGGAUAGCAAAAGAGUUUCCAAACAUAGUAAUCUGGCACUGUUUAAACCAUCGCCUCCAACUUGUUUUAGAUGAUUCGAUAAAGGAAAUAAAGCAAGUAAAUCAUUUUAAAAUAUUUAUUGAUAAGAUAUAUACUAUUUUUCAUCAAUCCAAUAAGAACCAAAUUGAACUUACCAAAAUAUCCGAACAACUUGGAAUUGAAAUUAUAAAAAUUGGUAGUAUUUUGGGACCACGAUGGGCUGCUUGUAGUUUAAGGUCAACCCUAGCUGUGUGGCACGCUUAUCCAGCGCUACAUCACUGUUUUCAUUCAAAUGAAAAGUACUUAGGUAUGGCUGCCCGCCUUGAAAAUAUCUAUUUUAUAACUGAUUUGGCAUUGAUGAUUGAUAUUCUAAAUGAAAUUUCUCUUCUUUCAAAUGGACUGCAAGCAAAACAUAUAGACAUAAUAAAGGCUGAAGAACUUGUGAUAAGAUCUAUUAAAGCAUUUCAAAUGCUUCGAAAGGAAAAGGGUCCAUACGAAAAAAAAGUUGAUGGAUUAAUUACUUCAGAAACCUUCAAAAAUAUAAAAUUUGUAAAAAAUCAUCAAUUUAUUGGGCUUCCUCGGGAAAGACUUUUAGAAAACAUCGUAACGAAUUUGAAGAAAAGGCUAAUGGAUUGUGAACAUUUAAAAACAGAUUGUAACCAAUUUCAAGACAGGAAUAAAUUACAAUUUCUCAAAUUUCUGGAGCCAGAUUACUGGAAUAUUGAAGAAGUAGUAGUUCCAUGGAAAGCAGGUGAAGAACAAUUGCUCGUAUUUAAUGACGUUUUCAAUUACCAAAUUGAUAUUAAUGAUUAUCGAGAUUUUGUGGGAAACGUUUUUAAAAAUUCCCAGAACUAUGCAAUUCCUAAAAGUGUUCAAAGAGCUAAAAAUAUUGUCAGAACAAUUGCUGUAAGUUCAGCAGAAGCGGAAACGGGUUUUUCAAACAUGAACACUAUAUGUUCAGAGAAGAGAAGUCACCUAAGUGUUUCUAAUAUAUCAAAUAUAAUGACUAUUAGUCUAAUCGGCCUACCGCUAAAGGAAUGGGAUCCUACUCCUACAGUGGAAAAAUGGCUAAGGAUAAAUCACACGGCCGAUGACGCUCAAUUGAAUAUGAAGAAAAUUGCAAGUGAGGACGCCAAUCGAAAAGCAAUAUGGAAAUAUCUGACGUAACAGUUUUAUUGGUUUUUCUCAGGUGUUAUGUAAUAGUUUUUCAUUAAUAUUAUAAAACAAAAGAAAAAUCUAGUUUUGUGCACCUCUUUUAUAGUUCAUAUUUAAGUGUCAACCCUGAAGUGAACAUGGCUGAGCCCAUUUUUGGAGGCUGAGUAGGAGGCCGAGUAGGCCAUGGCCAUGCCCCCCAGCAACCAGGCAGAGAACUGGUUGCUAAAAUCCCACCCUGGAAAUAACCAAGCAACUAGGCAACUCCUGGAUUGGGCAACGUAACCAGUGACUUGUGGGGGGGGGGGACAAAUGUUUACUUUUAAUUAGGUGAAAGCUGUGGAAACUUUUAGAGUUGUCUUCCACCAGUUGUGCCAAUAUGAUGUAUCCAAUAAAGCUGUUCUUUGAGGAA